UUAGAAACCGGGUCUGAAUUGAAACAUCGAACUGCCAGUUCGGAGGCCUGAAUAUAAUAAAAGACAGGCGAGAUUUUAACCUCGGAGGGAAAAGUGGAUACCGUCCAAAAGUAAGGCUGUGCCGUAGUCAGGCGAGGGCGCUGACGAAUGAUGGAGAGCUACAAGGACUUCUGCUCCCGAAGUCUUGCCAGGCUCCAGGCGGAUGGGAAGAUGCAAAUCCGCCAAUCCAGCCGCGGCCAGCAGAGGGAGUUCUCUGCCAUUCGAUUUCAUGGGAGGGCCGUGCUCUGCCCUGUGCUGAGCGAGGAGCAGCGCAGGGAGAUGGCGCAGUACAGACUGAAGGCUGCGCAGCUGGAUGCAGGGCGGCAGGGUCAGCGCAGGAGCCCCCUGCAGGCACGGGUUCAGGACAAGGAAGGGAGUGUGCAGGAGCACCCAGAGCCUGGAGCGCAGGGACAGAUAGCAGCCUCCUUAACUCCACCCCUCUGCUGCACCGAGAAUGGCUUCUACCUGUCGCCUGAAGAGGCUGGACCAACGCCUUCCUCCCCCGCACAAGGAGAGGGUCCGGAGGACCUGGGGGAUCAGGGAGGGGGAGGCGAGGAGAGCAGGAGUCCCGACAUCAGCCUGCAGAGUCUGCGGAUGAGGUCCAGGGAGCAGGAGCUGGGCUGCCAGGGGUCCUGGGGGAUGCCCGGGACCAUGCCCUCGCUGAGAGAGAGCCUCUCCGACAAAGAGAACCAGAGAGGAGGCCAAAGCCCCCCCAGCCCAGCUAACAGCCCCCGCCAGACAUGUCUCCCGGAGGCGGCGUCCAGUGGCCUCCUCCACGACCCAUCUGGGGCUUACACUCUGCCCCCCAGCACUGGGACGGGCCUCAGCCCCCGCCCCCACCGACGGCGCCCCCGGCCCGUCUCCACCGGCAACAUCUUGGCUACCUCCCCCAUAAACAUGCCGGACAUCGGCCCCAGGUGGACCGACUCUCUGGCGCCCUCUUUGGACAGCACCCAGCGUGGAGAUUCAUUUGGUUCUGGGCCACCCUGCAGCGUCAGUCCCCUGGGCGCUGGGGUCGCCACCUCAGGCUUCCGCCGGCGCUGCCACACCCUGGACAGCAACCUGAAGCCCAGCCCCCAGGGGACACCCAUCGACCGGAGCCAGGAGAGGCUCCCACGCCUGAUGGUCCCGCGCUCUCCUCCCUAUGAUGUGCGAGGCUCCUUGCCAUUGCGAAUUCAUCCCCACGUGGCCCAAGAUAGCCCACCUAGGUCAGAGCCAGAGAGUCUGCCAGGCUGCCACAGCAGUGUCGGGGCCACGGAGAACAGAAACGGGGACGUGCAGCUCAAGGUGCAGGCGCUGCAGGAAAUGCGCUGGCAGCUGGAGGAGGAGCACAACUGGCAGCUGUCUGUGCUGAUUGCCGAGCAGGAGAGGGCACAACAUCGCCUCCUGCAGGAGCUGGAGGAGAAGGAAAGGAGGCUAAUAGAACAAGGUGCUGAACUCGAUUCACUUGGGGAGCCAGCGGCCAGCUGGGGGCGCCAAAGAGACAGCUUUUCACCCCUGAGCCCCUCCUACCCCACCAAUUUUCCUGCAGAGAAGUCCCCAGUAGGCAGCAUAGGAAGCCUCCCAUCGCCUAACAUCCACCCAGCUGUGUACCUGUGGGGGGGCAGCAAGACCCGGGAGAGGCUGAUUCACAUGCUGAGCCCUGAAAUGCAGGGGGCGCUGUGCCGUCUGAGUGCCAUAGCUCGUGGGUUCCUGACCCGCCGGCUGCUGAAGACAGAGAAGGUCACGCACCUGCGGCAGACUGUGCAGGACACACGGGACUUCAUCCAGUCAUUCCAGGGUGAGGCCCCGCUGAGGAAAGGAGCCCUGUCCACCCAGGACGUGACCCUGCAGCAGCGAGUCAGAGCCCAGCUGCGUGCCGCCCUGUACGAUGUUCACGACAUCUUCUUUGAGAUGCCGCUGGAGGACCGGCUGGCACUGCUGCAGAUGGACAGGGAGCUGCGCACCGAGAGGAAGAUUCGAGAGAUGGAGAAAGCCAGGAGCCCCAAGGACAGGUUGACGCUCUCUACAGCCACACAGAAGUCUCUGGACAGGAGGAAGCUGAGGGUCGGGGAGACUCCCACACACUCCAAGAAGGCCCACCAAAAGCCAAAGAGCCCCCCCGCAAACAGGAUCUUGCAACCAAGCCAGGGACAAAAUGCUCCCGUUGCAGGCCAGCUCCUCCGACAGGGGAGCUUAUACAGAAAGACACCACAGGAACGAGUGAGGCACUCGGACACGAGGAAACGACACUCGCUGGGCUAGUCGAGGAUUUCAAUGCACAUGCUCAGUAUACAUGAAAUGAAACAAAGCAGCUACCGUCACACUUUGACAUGAAAGGCAUGAUUCUACAGGGGCCUUGUUGCCAUGCCAACCAAGAUCCUACACUGCUAAUGCCUUUAAAGAAAUUAUUUUCUGUCUCCAUGACAACAGAAAGCCCCAUCUCUCAAACUUCCCCCUUGUCUAAUUCCUGUCACACCCACUAAUCUUCCACUCUUCCCUUUCACUACACGCUGCUCAGUCCAGUGAGGAAAACUGUAGUUCUCAGUCAUGUAUUUAUUAUCAUAGCUUAUUUUAUAAAGAAAAAAUAUGUAGGCUGUUAAAUUUCUUCCCUUUAGGUUUUAAUGUGCUGGGCCAGGCAUCUCAGCUCUUAUGCUCUUAUGCUGGUUUUAGUGGCAAUCCUGGUCAAGAACUCAAGAAAACACUUAAGGAAACUGAUUGCUUUGCUCUAAAUGUGAACUACUGAAAACACACC